CGACCACUCAGCGCCCAGCUCCCGCCCACGCACGUAAAAGACGUAACGUCAGGCGCGAGCGACGGUCUGAGAUCGGCGGGACGUUUCCUACCCCCACCCGCUUAUGGCCGGUCGAUCGCUGCCCGUUCUCUUCCCGUCGGGGGAAAGGGUUGCGGUGAGUGAGCUUGGCCAAGAAGACCCCCAAAUGCUCCCGGAGGAUGCUGGAGAUGUGGGGGCACGGCUUGAUGCCUCAGAAGGUGGAUUGAGAGGAGGUGGGGGCCGGACGGGAAGCAUUGUCGUCAGCCCACGACAGCGAGGGAACCCUGUCCUCAAGUUCAUCCGCAAUGUCCCCUGGGAGUUCGGGGAGGUGAAUGCCGACUACGUCCUGGGACCCUGCACCUGUGCUCUCUAUCUCAGUGUGCGUUACCACUGUCUAAAGCCGGAUUAUAUUCAUCACCGUCUCCGUCUGCUCGGGAAGGACUUCGCUCUACGCCUGUUGCUGGUACAUGUUGAUACGAAAAACCCCCAUGAUAUCCUCAAGGAGCUGGCACGCAUCAGUAUCCUGGCUGACUGCACCCUGAUUCUGGCCUGGAGCGCUGAAGAGGCAGGACGAUAUCUGGAAAGUUAUAAAGUGUAUGAGAACAAACCAGCCGACGUUCUGAAGGAGAGAGUGGAGCAAGACUUUCUCUCUAAGAUCACCGACUGCCUCACCACUGUCAAAUCUGUCAACCGGACCGACUGCAUCACUCUCAUCAGCACGUUUAAGACACUCUCAGGGAUCAUUGAGGCCCCUACAGACGAGCUCUCCCUCUGCCCUGGUCUCGGUCCCCAGAAGGCUCAGAGAAUCCACGAUCUCCUUCGGGAGCCAUUCCUCCGGGACCAACAGACACAAGAUGGAAAGAGCGACACCUGAGAAUGGCGGAUCAUGGCACUCAAAACGAGUUUGACAGAGAUCAAAUGGGAAAGGGUGGAUAUCUCUCAGUGAUGCUUGGGGGGAAGAGUGUUUUUGAAUAAAAUAUUCUCUUC